UACACUUGACACAACAUGAAGUACUUCUCACAAACUUUUGACUCAGAUCGAGUUCCACCUGACACGGGCCGUGUCAAAUUUCUGUGCAACACGAAUUUUUCCUCAGACAAUCAACACGGUCCGAGUUAAAUCUAACACGGACCGAGUUACAUUUCUGUAAAGAAAAUUUCGUUUUCGUCAUGAAGACUGAGUUCUACUUCACCCGAGUUGAGGUAUACCUCACUCACAAACCGAACAACUUUACUGCCAAACACUUAUGUGUUUCACCGAUCCAUAUUAUAUCAUUUACGAACAUUCAACUCCUCCACCAUAUCCGUAAUACAUAUAACUAUGAAUCUCUUGAGAGAUUAUUAAUAAACCCCAUUCAUUUACUCUAAAAAUACCAACAUGUACUUCACCAGGCCAACAGGACAAUAAAAAAGAAAACACAAUGGUAAUACCAAAGUCCACCUUUCGAUUGUUUCCCCCAAGAACGUCAUCAAGAUUUGGGCAUAAUCAAGCGCACUCUAUGCCUAUAAAGUCAGCAUUAACCUUGCUAAUUGUUUUUCAAGAGAGUUGGUGAGGAAAUAUCAAAGGAAGUUUGGGUUGAGUUCUUCGAUUUGAUCAUGGCUUCUCACCUUAAGCAGACCAUUUUAAUGGUUAUGGUAGUCACCGCCGCCAUUAUCACAACUUCUGCCCAAGAAACAGAAAUUUCCGAUUUCCAACAGGCUGAAAUACUUAGACGCUUGCAACAACUUAAUAAGCCUGCUGUUACAUCUAUCCAGAGUCCAGAUGGAGAUAUAAUAGAUUGUAUCCCUAUUACCAACCAGCCGGCGUUUGACCAUCCUUUGCUGAGGAACCACAUCAUCCAGAUGAGGCCAAGUUCCGAACCCGAAGGCGAUCUUGCAGAAGAGGCCGAGGGAAAGCCGAAGGGUAUACCUCAGCUAUGGCACAUGUACGGAGAGUGCCCGGAAAACACAGUUCCGGUCAGAAGAACAAAAGAAGAAGAUCUCUUAAGAUCAACUUCCCUCGAGAGUUUCGGGAAAAAGAGUUAUAAAACCAUCCAACAAGUUGUCUCAAGUGAUUUAAGUGCAUCCGUCCAUGAGUACGGAGUAACGCAAGCAUUGAACAACAGGGUUUACGGUUCGAAAUCCUUCAUCAAUGUAUGGAAACCCUUUGUCCAACAAUCUAAUGAGUUCAGCUUGGCCCAGACAUGGGUUGUCUCCGGAAGUGGUUCUGAUCUCAACACCAUAGAAGCUGGUUGGCAGGUCUAUCAACAGUUGUACGGUGACUACAACACAAGACUUUUUAUCUACUGGACAGUAAGUUUUGACUUUUGAGAGUUUAAUUUAUUAUCUAGGGUUGUUUCUUACCGACAUAUGGAUUCCUAAACCAUAAUCCUCUUUGGCCACUAACAAAAUAUUGGGAAUUCAAAACAGCGAGAUGCAUACCAACACACAGGUUGCUACAAUCUUCUGUGCUCAGCGUUUGUCCAGACGGACGGAACUUUCGUCCUUGGUGGAACCCUCAAUCCAACAUCAUCGUAUGGAGGUACCCAGUACGAAAUCAGUUUACUCAUAUGGAGGG